AUGGACUAUCGAUGUUCGAACACCACCGUCCACGCCGCAUUGCACCAAUCUGGUGGGGGCAACCGGACGAGCAAUGUUGAGGUUAGAAGCGCAGUUUUGGAUAUUCGCGGUAGUCCAUUGGAACAAAUGGUCAAACCCGAUAGACUGCGUUGGUUGGGGAAUAUUCUGCGCAUGUCGCCAAGUGGAUUGCUUCGGUACACGAUGCUUGCCGAUCUUUCGCCACCGAUCAAUGUGAAUACGAAAUGCGAGUCAGGCAAUACGGCGUUACACGUGGCCGUAUCACAGAACAAUGUGGAAAUUGCCAAACUGUUGCUUGAGACCGGUGGUGCGACAGUAGAUGUGGUAAAUUCAAUCGGGAACGGAGCCACCCCGUUGCAUAUGGCUGCAAUGUUUGGCAUCUGA